UAUCAGAAGCUGCUAGCAGUUCGCAAUCUGAUUGGACAAAAUUGCAUUUAGUGCGGGGAUAACAAUGUCUCUGUUUACAGUGACUGCCAGCAUCAAGAAGGCUGUUUCACUGGUAAACAGUCUAGACUCUGGAAAGUUCCCAUUAUUACUAUCAAGGAUCCUGCAAAAGCUGCAUUUGAAGGAUGAGCGAGCUUUCAGUGAGGAGGAGGAAGAGAAGCUGCAGUCUGCAUUUGGACUCGAAGGAGAAGAGCUAGACUUAGUGAUUACAACAUGUGAAUUCAUUUUACAGCAGGCUGCUUACCAUACAGCAAAACCAGCUGUUUUACAACAACAAUUGCAGCAAAUUGGAUUAGAGGAUGAAAAGGUUGAAGCAGUUGUCCAGAUGUGGACAAAUAUGGCAAGAGGGGUUGUAGAUAAAUUGAGAAAGCGAACAAUAGCACCAAAACAACUUGAAGAUGUAAAUUGGAGGUUAAAUCUUCAAAUGGCACAGGCCAACAAGGCAAAAAUGAAGCUUCCAACAGCAAUGUUUGAGCUGGGGAUCAAGGAUGAAAAUAGUGAUACUAAGGAAAAGACAAGGCUUGAAUUUACCCAUGACGAGUUGUAUGCAUUCUAUAACCAGCUUGAAACAAUUCAGUCACAAGUCGACUCCCUCAGCUAGUGAAUGGAGAUACCAAGAAGCGGAAACCAACUUGAAUGACUAACUGUAAUGGACUGCACUGUAUCAAAAAAUAUGUAUACAGAUGAUAACUGGAGUAAUCAAUAAUCCAUGUAUGUAGGAAGAUUUAUGAUUCAGCAGUUCCUUUGACAGAACCUAGAUGAGAAUAAUGAGAAGAAAGAAAGAGAAAGAACUAUAUUUUAUUUAUUACAUCAUCAGUAUUUUACUAUGCUCUGUGUGAAAAAGUAACAUAUUUUUAUAACUGUUGCUUAAUUUGAUGUUAAAACUAUAAGUAUGCACUGAAUUAGAUCAAGUUGUACAGUUUUAUAAAUACAUUUUAGUGAAUUAAAGUAAAUUAAUU